CUGUCCUGACCCACACACAGACUCAUGAUGAGCAGCUACCUCAUGGCUCGGCUGUGCUGUGGCUUCCCUCCCAGGUGUGGGGUGCACGCAGGGAGACGGUGAGCCGUGCUUGUGGCCAGACGAGACGAGACCUUUAAGUACAGACCUUUGGAUCUCUCCGUCACGUGACUCUCUCUCCAACCUGCCUGCUCCCCGCCGGCCGUCCGCUCCCACCACUGACAAGAAGAAGGAUGGCAGAGGCUCCUGUGUCAUGUGAUUGCUUUGUUUCCUUGCCCCCUGGUUCUCUGGAUGACCAUGUGGUUUUUGGGAAGAACUCGGACCGUCCUCGAGAUGAGGUGCAGGAGGUGGCCCACUACCCUGCAGUAUCUCACCCUCCAGGCUCCAUACUGGAGUGCACAUACAUCCAGAUCCCUCAGGUAGAGCAGACCCACGCUGUCGUCCUUGGUAAACCAGCUUGGAUGUGGGGCGCAGAAAUGGGAGCCAAUGACCAGGGAGUCUGCAUUGGGAAUGAGGCGGUCUGGACCCGAGAGCCCAUCACCCCCGGAGAGGCCCUGCUGGGUAUGGACCUGGUCCGACUGGGGCUGGAGCGUGGUGACAGUGCCUGGGCAGCGCUGACCGUCAUUACAGGCCUCCUGGAGCAGCAUGGCCAGGGGGGGCAGUGCAGGGAGGAUCCUCAGCCCUUCUGCUACCACAACACCUUCCUUCUGGUGGACCGCAACGAGGCCUGGGUCUUGGAAACUGCUGGGAAGCUGUGGGUGGCACAGAAGGUCAGAGAGGGUGUGAAGAACAUCUCUAACCAGCUGACCAUUGGGGAUGAGAUCAACGCAGAGCAUCCAGAGCUGCGGAGCAUGGCGCAAGCUCAGGGCUGGUGGGACGGCGAGAGGGAGUUCAACUUCUCUCAGGUGUUCAACCCUGAGAACCCACCUGCUCGGAUGGAGCUGGCCAAACAGCGUUAUAAGGGAGGCACAGAGCUGCUCAAGCAGCAUGAUGGCUCAGUGACAGCAGAGGUGAUGAUGUCCAUUCUGAGGGACAAGCCCAGUGGCAUCUGCAUGGACUCUGGAGGUUUCUGCACCACAGGCAGCAUGGUGUCUGUUCUGCCCAGAGACUCCAGCCUACCCUGCAUCCACUUCUUCACUGCCACCCCAGACCCCUCCAGGUCUAUAUUCAAGCCUUUUAUCUUCUCGGACUGUUCUGCUCCAGUGCCGAGGGUGGUCUCCCCACAGUUCGGCCCAGACGACCCUGUUAGGAAGCAGCCACGCUUUCAGAGCCAGGUAGACCGCAGACAUGACCUGUACAAGGCUCACCAGGUGGCGCUCAACAAAAUGGAGACCAAUCCGGACGAGGGCUCAGCUGUGUAUGAGAUUCUCAGGGACCUGGAGUCACAGUGUCUCAGUGAGAUUUCAGCCAUGCUCAGUGGAGACAUACCAGCAGAAGAACUGGGGGACUUAUUUUUCGAUUGCGUGGACACAGAGAUUAAGUUCUACCAGUGAGGAGUGCCCUCAGGUGGACAUCUCGCACACUCGCUGAGGGGCAGGAGAAGGCCCUGGGAUCGUCAAAAACUCUCGUGUUCCCUGUCUUCGUUUGGCCUCAGCCUCACUCACACAACACACAUGCCUGACACCAUUCCAUCAUUAACACAGACUAAAUGUAUCAUGUGAUUGGAGCAUAUUUAUCAGCUGUAUCCCCCACGGAGCAAUGACUGCACCUCAUUAGUGAGUUUAAUGAUGUAGAUUUCACAGGCGCAUAUGUAGAGCUGUGUGACGUUGUACACAUACUGUAAGUAUGGAGUUUAUUUAAGAUUCUGCUUGAUUCUCUAAGAUACUUUCAUUUGUUUAAUGGCUUCCUGUCAGGAAAGAUCUAAUAAAAUAAUGUGAAUAGUC